AUGAAAAGCUUGAAAGACCAGGUGCGCGAUCUGGAACUGAACAAAGCACAAGAUUUUGACCCAGAAGACAGCGCCUUUUCCUGCUCCAACGAAGACGAGUCUCAAAAUGAGGAAGAGCUGAAAGACGAUGCGGGCCGCGAACACUAUGAAACAGUGGGAAAAAGUAAUUUGAGGAAACCGGAACAACCCGUCCUCGGAGUGAAAUAUGAGGGCGUGGCAGUCAGCCGCAAAGUAUUAGUGGACGAUGAAGAUUAUGCCCCCUUUGCACCCGUGGAGGAGGACGAAGAUGAAGAUCCCUUUGCCGCGAAGAACGAAGAUGCUAGUGCCUCCGAAGAUGGGUUAGAUGUAUUCGGCGGUCUAGAUCAUGGAUCUGAGGUAGAGGAAGACGAAGAUGAAGAGAUUGACAGCGACGAAGCAAUGGGCGAAAGUGAUGCACCGAGGUUUGAAAAUUUCCAGUUCCGAGACAGUAAGGACAAUAGAAUAGAAUCUCCUUCGGAAGAUGAAACGUCUGCAGAGGACCUGUCAGACCAGUCCGAUGGUGGAUCUAUCGAUGAUUCAGAUAUCGGCGUGGACGACGAGGACGAGGAUCAAGACGACAAUUCCUCCGUUUCUUCAACCACCUCACCGCCUCCCCGAACGACUAACCCCCCUCGGAGUUCAGACCGCGAAGAACUCAAAAAAGUGGCCUUCUCAUCCACAUCAACGGCAGAACUGGCAUCUACACUAUCAGCUGGAGCCAACGCAGACGUCAAGAAAGGCCAAGCAGUCAAGCAACAACGACAGUCUUUCGAUCGCCUUCUCGAUGCUCGAAUCAAGUUGCAAAAAGGCGUCAGCGCGAUGAACGAGCUUCCUUCGACGACAAUCCUGACCGACGAGGAGAUCAAGAAAGCAGCGCAACAAGCAGAAGACGCCGCAUUGACAUUGUGGUCAACAAUCGACUCGAUCCGCUGCGCCAUGCUUUUCGCUCAAGACAAAAGCGAAUCUAAGCUAUCGUCACGAAAACGCCCCUUCGAAGCAACCCGGUCCACGCCACUCAGUGAGACUUGGCAGCAGACCCUCUUGUUGGACUCUGCCGCCCGCCCUCUCUGCCGGGGCACCCUCGACAAAUGGCACACCAAAACACAACCUGUUCUUGACACAUCGACACGAUCUAAACUGCUCAAACCAUCCCAAACAUCACACUCCCGCAUCACCGACGUCCUCGACACAUACCUAGCAACCGAAUCCGCUAAACUCACUGCUCUCUCGACCCCAACUCCAGAUAUAUAUGACGACGGCCCAUUCUAUCAGACUCUCCUCCGCGACCUAAUUGCGUCACGCAACGUCGACAAUCCCAUUUCCGCAUCGGCACUUGGUGGUGGCCAAGGGACAUAUCUACCCACGAAACUGCACCCAUCUGGCUCGCGCGGGAAGAAAGUCGACACCAAAGCCUCCAAGGGCCGCAAGGUACGGUAUACCGUGCACGAGAAGCUGGAGAAUUUCAUGGCGCCGGAAGAUCGGACAACGUGGACGGAUGCGGCGAGGAGUGAAUUUUUUGCGAGUUUGUUGGGCAGCUCGGCGCCGUUGAAUGAGGAUAGUGGUGGCGAGAGUGAGGGAGGGAGAAGUGGUGACGAGGAUAUGAUGGAUGGAGAGAGCCAGGCGCUGAGGUUGUUUAGAAAUUAA